AAUGUGAGUGUAAACUCCCGGAAGAGGCGCUGCCGCAUGAUUUUGCUGUUUUGAGAUUAACCGCUAGUUUCAGUUUUGAUUCCACAUACAUUCCGUGUUUGCCAGUCCUUCUUUAAAAACAUAAUUUUUAUUAUUAUAAUUAUCACUUUUUUUUUUUUUUUUACCUGAAUUGAGAUGAGUUAUGACCGGGCCAUUACAGUCUUUUCCCCGGACGGUCACUUGUUCCAGGUAGAAUAUGCACAAGAAGCUGUGAAGAAAGGGUCCACUGCGGUUGGAGUGCGGGGUAAAAACAUAGUUGUCCUUGGAGUUGAAAAGAAAUCAGUAGCCAAAUUGCAGGAUGAGAGGACAGUGCGUAAAAUCUGUGCUCUGGAUGACAACGUCUUCAUGGCUUUUGCAGGGCUUACAGCUGAUGCCAGGAUUGUUAUAAACAGAGCUCAAGUUGAGUGCCAAAGCCACAGGCUUACUGUGGAGGAUCCUGUCACAGUGGAGUACAUCACACGGUACAUCUCCAGCCUUAAACAGCGUUAUACCCAAAGUAAUGGGCGCAGGCCUUUUGGGAUAUCCUCCCUCAUAACAGGCUUUGACCUUGAUGGAACCCCACGGCUUUAUCAGACCGACCCCUCUGGCACUUACCAUGCAUGGAAGGCAAAUGCCAUCGGAAGGUCUGCAAAGAGUGUUAGGGAGUUCCUGGAGAAGACUUAUAAAGAUGAAGCAAUGGAAUCAGAUGGAGAAACAAUCAAGUUAGUCAUCAAAGCACUUCUUGAGGUUGUGCAGUCUGGUGGCAAGAACAUUGAACUAGCUGUGAUGAGAAGGGAUGAGCCAUUAAAGAUUUUGGAUCCUGAAGAAAUAGAGAAGUAUGUUUCAGAAAUUGAGAAAGAAAAAGAUGCUGAAAAGCAAAAGAAGAAAACAUAAGCCUUCAGACUACCCUUACUGUUUACUUCAUUUAUAAAAAGAAAACCACAAAACAGCACUCAAGUACAGAGGAACAAAAUGCUGGUUUAAUAGAUGCUGCAAUAAAAUGCUAUGACAGUU